AUGGCGGUCCCAACACCUACCCUCCUCUCGCAGUUCAUGCGUACCCGGCGCCACGUAUGCUUACUACUCUUCGCCUUUGCCUUCCUUUCGCUCUUCACAUGGCGCGGACCUUCAGUAUCUCUCAGUCGAUUAUCAUGGCGCCAUAGCAGUCAAGAUGCGGAGAUUGCCUUGUUACAAAACAAGGUAUACGAGCUCCAGUGGAGCGACAAGCCGACAUGUCUAUGGCAGCGCUUCCACGAAGACCGAUACUCGCAGUUGGGAACGGAUAACAAGACGGUGUACAUCGCGAUGAACUUCUACAACAACGAAUACGUGCUGCCGACGUUCUUCCAAGAAUUUCCGCACGUCGUACGGAGGAUUGGCACGGGGCGCGUCUUCGUUUCCAUAUACGAGAACGGCUCGGAAGAUAAGACACCCGAGCUGCUUGGGAUGUUCGGGGAUAUGCUCACUAUGCUGGGCGUCGCGCAUCAUAUCGUCGCAAAGGGCAAGAGCGAGUACUCGCACAAGGAGAACGGACAUCGCAUCAACGAACUGGCCAGGUUCCGAAAUCUCGCCAUGAAGCCCCUCUACGACGGCGUCGCGGCUCGCUUCGUGCCAGGUCACAAAUUUGACGAGGUUCUCUGGAUCAACGAUGUAUUCCACUGUGCAGCCGACAUCUUCGAAGUUCUCCUGCAGAAGCGUGUACAAGGCGCGAAUCAAGCAUGCGCGGUGGACUGGGGAGGUUGGGGAGAUCAUGUCAUCUACGAUCGCUGGGUUCUGCGUACCAUGACUGGCAGAGUAUUCUACGUCUGGGAAGAACUCGUCAAAUGGAUGUACCCGGACGACGACGCACCGAGACAGCCCGAUGGUAGAGGGCCGCUGCCGCAGUUCCUCCCGUACGAUGAGGCCGACCGACUGCGGUUUGAGGACAAUCUGCCUAUCCAAGUUUUCUCCUGCUGGAACGGAGCUACGGUGAUCGAUGCCGCAGCCUUCCUUCCGCCACACAACCUCCGGUUCCGCGUCGCGCAGCACGACCUAGACGAGGACGGUCAGCCGAAGGAGGUCACGGAGAUGCACAGUGAAUGUUUCUUGUCGAGCGUAGAUCUCUGGAAGAUGGGCAAAGGCAAGAUCCUAUUGGCACCACGCGCAAGCGUGGCAUAUAAUGGUGGGAACUACGAGACACACCGGAAAGACCAGAUGCGGCCUUCUUCAUCAAGCAUAGAGAGCGAGUUGAUAGGUUGGCUCCUCAAGCCCCCAGCAAAGGUGGCUUUCCAAGACUUCGCCGCAUGGAACGAACCAGAGCGGUGGGCUCCUUGGGACGAGCAAUAA